UAUUGGUCAAACUGUUGAAGUUGCCUGGCCCUCCAACUGUUAUUAGGUCAGUUUUCAGAAUCUGACCCUAGAUCUGUAGGGGCGUGUCUCCUUUCGCCUGUCUGUCACACUUUUGCUACCUUCAUGACUCAUUGCGGUGUCCGUGUCUGCAGUACCAGAGAGAACUGGAAAAAUGGCGGCGGGUUCUGGAGCUGUUAGCGGCCAUGGUGGCCGCGGCGCUUUGGAGGCUACCCUGGACCGCAGAUUCCAAGGAGUAUCCAACACUAUGGAGUCUAUACAGGGACUGUCGACCUGGUGCAUUGAAAAUAAAAAGUAUCACAGCCUUAUCGUUCGGUACUGGAUGAAGUGGCUCAAGAAAUCGGACACCAACCACCGUCUGAAUCUGUUCUAUCUAGCCAAUGAUGUAAUCCAGAACUGCAAGAGAAAGAACGCCAUCGUCUACCGCUCAGCCUUCGCUGAGGUGCUCCCCAACGCUGCACUAAUGGUCAAAGACCCGAAGGUGCGUAAGUCAGUGGAGCGGAUCUUCACUAURUGGGAGGAGAGGAACGUCUAUCCUGAGGAACUCAUCACCCAGCUCAAAGCCAACCUGGCCAAGAAGGAGAGAGAGAGGGAGAAAGAGAAGCCUCCUCCGCCAGCCCUAGUCAACCCCAAAGCUGCCCUGAAGUCCAAGAUUGUGGCUGAUUUCAUACCCCAGUCGUUCAUCGAGCAGCUGGCGGGCUUCAAACGGGUGGUGGAGGAGGAGGAGCUGAGGGAGACCCAGCUGACAGCUCUCAGAGUGGACGUCUGCAGCACGGAGGCCCUCAAGAGACUCAAAGACAAGGCCGGAGGGAACAAGUUUGCCAAGGACUUUGAAGAGGGCAGUCAGAAGCUGCAGGAGUUUGUCAGUUUCCUGGAGAACCAGAUGCCUGUAGGGCCCCCUCUGCUGGAGGCUCUGGGAAACGCAGACGUCUUCUAUGAGAUGCAAUACAAGGAAGUCAAGAUCGUGGCCAGUGCCUACAAAACCUUUGCCAACCGCGUGGUCAACCUCAAACGUAAACUGGAUGCKSUCAAGUCCUCCCUUCCCGGUCCCGAAGACUCUCCCAUCCCCUCCCUCUCUGAGGACGCUCCCUCACCCACCGGCUCUGACUCCCCCUUCCUGGGGCUGGGAGGAGGCCGAGGGGGUAGGCUGGGCUUUGACCCGGACCUGGAUGGGAGUGCCAUGGACGAGAGGGANACACUGGUCAGUGAUCGAGGCGUCACUACAGAUCCGGACAAGGCCGGAGGGAACAAGUUUGCCAAGGACUUUGAAGAGGGCAGUCAGAAGCUGCAGGAGUUUGUCAGUUUCCUGGAGAACCAGAUGCCUGUUGGGCCCCCUCUGCUGGAGGCUCUGGGAAACGCAGACGUCUUCUAUGAGAUGCAAUACAAGGAAGUCAAGAUCGUGGCCAGCGCCUACAAAACCUUUGCCAACCGCGUGGUCAACCUCAAACGUAAACUGGAUGCCCUCAAGUCCUCCCUUCCCGGUCCCGAGGACUCUCCCAUCCCCUCCCCCUCUGAGGACGCUCCCUCACCCACCGGCUCUGACUCCCCCUUCCUGGGGCUGGGAGGAGGCCGAGGGGGUAGGCUGGGCUUUGACCCGGACCUGGAUGGGAGUGCCAUGGACGAGAGGGAUGUGGGGGUUGUGAGAGAGGGGGACAACAGAGAUGUGGAGGACAUGGAUCUGUCUGAGGAGGACAUGGAGAUAGCCAACACAGCUGAGAAGCAGUCGUCAUCAGCCACCGUUUCCAAGGUGACCAGCUCCAAGACCGCAGCGAAACCCGCCCCUGUCACACUCAUUCGAACCUCCACCGAAUCCCCUCUCAAAAAGGCAGCCUCGUCUACCCCCACGCCAGUGACCCCCAGCACCCCUACGAGCACGGGUGUGAGUGGUCCUAGUGGUCCAACCGCUCCUCUGGGAAUGAACCUGGCCAACGUGGACCUAGGCAAGAUCAGCUCCAUACUGAGCAGUAUCACAUCAGCCAUGAAGAACACAGCAGCCAGCCCUGUGUCUCGCCCCUCCCCUGGAACUCCCACCACCCCCUCUGGCCAAUCAUCUUCCUCCAAAACCCCAGUUGGCCCCACCCCUCCUAGCCCAGCCCUGGCCAGCAUCCUGUCCAGAGUGAACGUCACCCCUGAAGGCAUCCUCAACGCCCUGUCAAAGACCCACACACAGAGUCUGUCCUCUCUGCUGAGGUCAGCUCAUCCUACCUCUGCCCCUCCUCCCAUGCCUCCCAGACUCCUCAGCAGCCAAGGGCCCCCCACACCCACCACUUCCGACCGCUCUGUGUCUCCUCCCAGCCUAGAGUCUAAGAUCAACCGUUUCCUCCAGGGGAACCCAGGGUUCAGUCUGGGCCUGGGAAUGGGAGCCCUCUCCUGGGGGAGAUGGGUAGACGGGACCCCCGUCAGGGAUGAAGAGCGGGGGCACCCCACCCAGGACGAAAUCAUGGACACACCAGGGGUGUUCCUCCGACCCCCUUGGCCUCAACAGUCCGCCCAGACGGAGGAGGAGACCGAGGGGGGAUGGGAGGGGGACCCAGGGGGUAAAGGUGGCCCCACUCCCCUCAUGUCCUCUCUGUUAGGGGAGCCCCCUAAAAUGCCUCGUCCCGGCACAGUUAAAGAGCAUUUCGCUCCCCGCCACGCACCCCCUCUCCACCCGCCCGGCACCCCCGGCGACCCCCUGCUUCCUCGCCCCCAAGCUCCUCCGCUCCAGCACCCUCCAGCUAGCCCGCCUGCCCAGCCCCGACACCACCCCAACCAUCCCCACCGUCCCUCGCCGUCCUCCUGCGCCUACCCUCCCCCAACCCCCCCCCCCAUCAACUCCAUCCCCCAGAGACCUCUACUCCACCCUCGCGGCCCCCCUGUCCACCCGCACUCGCACCUAAACCGAGAUCCACCCAUGUUCCGCGGGGCCAAGCGUCCUGGCCCUCCAUUCGGCGGGGGCCGAGGAGGUCCCUUCUACCCCCCCAAGAGACCUUUCUUACCCCCACGCUAUUGA